GCUUAGUGGGUCGGUUUUGAUGACCCGAAUAUUCGUCUUCCUUCAUCUACACUCUAAAAUUCUUCUUGACUGAGUCACUACCCCAACGACGGGAUUUUGAUUUUCCAUUGACACGGGAAAUGGCAGGGAAAAACAACGAAAAGAAGGGAGGAAGAAGAGGGAGAGCAUGCGUGGUGGUUUUGGGCGACAUUGGACGGAGCCCUCGAAUGCAGUAUCACGCUCUUUCUCUCGGCAAUCAGGCUUCCCUGGAGGUUGACGUGGUUGCAUAUGGAGGUUCAGAGCCCCAUACUGCACUUCUUGCCAACCCAUCUAUUCAUUUUCACAUAAUGAAGCAGUGGUUUACAGCCAAUCAACGCUUACCAAAGAUACUUCAGCCCAUUAUGCUUUUGUUGAAGCCGAUAGUGCAAUUUCUCAUGCUUCUUUGGUUCCUUUGUGUAAAAAUACCAUCUCCUGAUGUUUUUAUUGUCCAGAAUCCUCCUUCAGUUCCAACCCUUGUGGCCGUAAAAUGGGCUAGCUGGUUGAGAAAAUCAUCUUUUGUUAUAGAUUGGCAUAAUUUUGGGUAUACUCUACUUGCACUGUCAUUGGGAAGAAAUAGUCAUUUUGUCUCCUUAUAUAAAUGGUUUGAGAAGCAUUAUGGGAAAAUGGCAGAUGCUUCUCUUUGUGUAACAAAAGCAAUGCAGCAUGAAUUGGCUCAAAACUGGGGAAUAAAUGCUACAGUUUUGUAUGAUCAGCCUCCGGACAUCUUUCAUGCAGCUUCAUUGGAGGAGAGGCAUAAGUUGUUUUGCAGAUUAAAUGAGGACCUGUUUCAGCCUCUUGGUGUCAGAGAUUGUGUCAGUAAUGGAACUUCCUUGAUUGCUAGCCGUUGCCAAAACGAGACCCUGUUUACAAAUGAGGUUGGUUCAAGCAUAAAUUUGAAGCCAAAUCGACCAGCACUUGUUGUAAGCAGUACGAGCUGGACACCUGAUGAAGAUUUUGGUAUUCUCUUGGAAGCUGCUGUAAUGUAUGAUAGACGCGUUGCUGCCAUAUUGGGUGAAGAUGAUUCAGUAGAUGAGGAGGUCGUGUGGAAAGAAAUAUCUGAUGGAAAACAAUGUUUAUAUCCCAGAUUGCUAUUCAUCAUAACUGGCAAAGGUCCGGAAAAAGAAAAGUAUGAAGCAAAAAUAAAGAGAUUAAAACUUAAACGUGUGGCAUUUCGUACUAUGUGGCUGUCAGCUGAUGAUUAUCCAUUACUACUAGGAUCAGCUGAUCUAGGUGUUUGUCUGCAUACUUCAUCAUCAGGAUUAGACCUUCCAAUGAAGGUUGUGGAUAUGUUUGGCUGUGGACUGCCUGUUUGUGCUGUUUCGUACUCUUGCAUUAAAGAACUGGUUAGAGUUGACAAAAAUGGUCUUCUCUUCUCUUCUUCAUCAGAGCUAGCUGAUGAACUUCUGCUUCUCUUCAAGGGAUUUCCUGAUGACUCUGAUGCAUUGAAGGUCCUCAAAUAUGGUGCAUUAGAAACUGGUUCUUCAGCUAGGUGGACUACUGAAUGGGAAGAACAUGCAAAGCCACUGAUAUCUGAGGUUUUGUCAAGAUUUUGACUCUGUUGAUUCUUUAGAAGACAUCUUUAACUUCUCUAGCAGAAAAAAUGGAUAAGCUGUUGACCUAAUACAAGAAGAGUUGUGUAGUGCGAUUUUGCAUCUAGUGGUUGCAUGCAGAUUUCAUGGAGCUUUUUUGGCAAUGUCCAAGUCGGAUUCACCUUGUACAGAAUAGCUAUGCAGCAGGUUUCCAACAUAUGUCUGUUGUUGACUUUCUUUGUAUGAAGUUUCAAAUAGGUGUUCUCUGUAAAAAUUGGUAUCAUGAUUUAGGAUUUCAUUUUCUUUGAACAUCCAUAUGUUGCCAAGAAAAAGUGAGGUUAUUAUACUAGAGCUUCUGGAUUAGAUUU